CUCAUGCAAACGUGACUAUGCACUGCAUGAAAAUUUCACAGAAAGGCUUAAAAACUAUACUUCGAGAGAACAUUUCAAUAUUUUUAGAAGGUUUAUCUAGGAGUUGCUAAAACAGAAACAAUAAUGGCUUCAGGGCAACAAGAACGUUCAGAACUUGAUGCAAGAGCUAAACAAGGAGAAACAGUGGUCCCUGGUGGCACUGGUGGCAAGAGCCUUGAAGCUCAGGAGCAUCUUGCUGAAGGGAGGAGCAGAGGAGGGCAGACAAGAAAGGAGCAGCUAGGAACAGAAGGGUACCAAGAGCUGGGACAAAAAGGAGGACAGACAAGGAAAGAGCAAAUAGGGAGAGAAGGGUAUCAAGAAAUGGGUCGAAAAGGUGGACUUAGUACAACUGAGAAAUCUGGUGGUGAACGUGCUGCUGAAGAAGGCGUUGACAUCGAUGAAUCCAAGUUUAGCACCUCUUAAAACGUUUGGAGUUAAAGCUGUUUUAUGUAUUACUGUGUUUAAUCUGUUUCGUUGUCGAGUGGCCAAUCCUAGAUUAGGUUGCAGCGUUUUGGUGUGUGUCUUAGUUCUGUAAAAAUAUGUUGUGCCUUAUGUAAGGGGCUAGGUUAUCCCUAGUCUGUACGGUUUAUUACUAAUGACUGAUUAGUUUAAUUUCUGAUUU